CUGCCGACGGGCUGCCGCUUCUGCCUUCCAGGAACACGUCGGUCGACAGGGCACUUUUCCUCACGGCAUCGACAUUCUGACCACCUGCGAUUAGAUCGCUUACGUAAAAAUGCCUAUCUUCAACUCAGUCUUUUCGUGGCGCAAUACGAAGAGUACCGGCCGCAUCUCAUCCAGCAUUUAGUGGAUCGUAAAGUCAUCCAUUGGGACACGGUUAUUCGACAGCUAACAUCUCAGGCCUUGCAUCAAAUGACGUUCCUCGAUCCGGAAAGUAUGAAACUGAUUCUUUCUACUCAGAUCCCUCCUCGUUGCACAAACCCUGAACUCUAUUUACGGCACGGAAGCAUUUUGGCCAGUGGCAAAGUCAUCAGCGCUCUUUGUCAAGUGGCAAAAGACCAUCAACGUCGUCUGCCAGAUGAACUUGGUGAUGCCGCGAUGGAAUCCAUUACCCAAACUUGUAUCGACAUCCUGGAGGAGCGUUUCUGGCGGAGUUUCGGCGGCGAUCCAAUGCGCGUAGCCGUUUGCCAUUUCAUCCAAGAUCUUAGUUCUCGGGGGGGUUUCCCGUUGCUGGACGUUGUAGUCGACCGUUGGUUGAAGGCGUUGCGAGAGUGUCUCGCUUCAGCCGAUUCAAAUGUCCAGCAAUCGGCCAUCAGCGCCGUCACCGCUUUGAUUGGCGAAUACUUCCGGCAUCAGCCAGUGGAGAAACUCACUGCCUUGUUGAACCAUUUCCUACCCGAGGAAACGCACUAGCCCUGGGCUCAAUGCCUCGCUUCCUCCUCACCGUUUCUUUGCCGAAAGUCAUCCAACAGUUGUGCACCUGCGCUCUCAUCACCGACAAGACUCUCCAAUGGGCCGAAUCUCGAAAAAAUGCUCUGACAGCUCUUUCGCUCGUCUGCACAACCGUUGGGAUCCAGCCCAGUUAAAAUGACAGACGGCCUAAUUUUCAUUUAUUUUGAGAUUACUCUCAAUUUUAUUUAUUAUUACACAGGUGGGGUUGAUCAAGUGACACUGGCCGGAAUAUUCCGCACAUUCAUCGAUGGCUUUGAAGAUUACACGGUGGAUAGCCGUGGAGAUAUUGGAGCUAUCGUCCGUGAAUCCGCAAUGUAUUCUAUUCAGGUUGAUUAGGUCAACACCUCGCAACCAGACCUACUUGAAGCUGACCUGAUCCGCUCCGUAUUGCAUGCGGUGGCUAAACAAUCGACGGAACAAGUCCGUCGUAACCGGUUGUUGGCCCCCAACUUCUUUUCUUCUCUCGUCUACUGUGAUCAUACCAUUCCUCACAUUGAGCAGUUGGAAGAAUUGCGUUCCAUCAUUCCACCGCCUCCGCUGGACAUUUCGACCGAGAAGGAAUGUUUCGAUUUGUGGAUGAAGAUGAUGCGACUCGACACUUACCGCAAAGCCGUCAUCACCGGACUUGUUUCCAGCAUCGGCAGUCUCACGGAGAGUUUCCGAUGCAUUUGCAUUUAUUAAACAACACCUCGAGUAUUGCUUAUGACCUAACUUGUUGUCUCGCAGGUUAAAAGUUCCAGCGCUUCAUCAAAGCUCACCAUUGCACGCUUCUAAAUAUUGUAAAUGUGAGUUUGAUUGAAUGCGCCGUUUUUUUCUUUCUUUACACCUUUACUACAAAA